AUGGCGGGCUGCUGCUGCCUGUCCGCGGAGGAGAAGGAGUCGCAGCGCAUCAGCGCGGAAAUCGAGAGGCAGCUCCGCCGCGACAAGAAGGACGCGCGCCGCGAACUCAAGCUGCUGUUGCUGGGAACUGGUGAAAGCGGGAAAAGCACCUUUAUCAAGCAAAUGAGAAUAAUCCAUGGGUCUGGCUACAGUGAUGAAGAUAGAAAGGGGUUCACGAAGCUGGUUUACCAAAACAUAUUCACCGCCAUGCAAGCCAUGAUCAGAGCAAUGGACACCUUAAGGAUACAGUACAUGUGCGAGCAGAAUGAGGAAAAUGCCCAGGUCAUCAGAGAAGUGGAGGUGGACAAGGUCUCUUCACUCUCCAGGGACCAGGUAGCAGCCAUCAAGCAGCUGUGGCAGGAUCCUGGGAUCCAGGAGUGCUACGACAGGAGGCGGGAGUACCAGCUGUCAGACUCAGCUAAGUAUUACCUGACUGACAUCGACCGAAUUGCCAUGCCUUCUUUCGUGCCAACACAGCAAGAUGUGCUCCGUGUUCGAGUGCCUACCACUGGUAUCAUCGAGUAUCCGUUCGACUUGGAAAAUAUCAUCUUUCGGAUGGUGGAUGUUGGUGGCCAACGAUCUGAACGACGGAAAUGGAUUCACUGCUUUGAGAGUGUCACCUCCAUCAUUUUUUUGGUUGCCCUGAGUGAAUAUGACCAGGUCCUGGCUGAGUGUGACAAUGAGGCGGAGUUCAGAAGACCACACCCAAGUGAACCAGUCACCGCAGGUCUGAAGCUGACAUGGCAUCUGGUGGUCAGUGGCCCACAUGCAGUGAAUCGUAUGGAAGAGAGCAAAGCCUUGUUUAAAACCAUCAUCACGUAUCCCUGGUUUCUGAACUCAUCUGUGAUUCUGUUCUUAAACAAGAAGGAUCUUUUGGAGGAGAAAAUCAUGUACUCUCAUCUAAUUAGCUACUUCCCAGAAUACACAGGACCAAAGCAGGAUGUCAAAGCUGCCAGAGACUUUAUCCUGAAGCUAUAUCAAGACCAGAAUCCUGACAAAGAGAAAGUCAUCUAUUCCCACUUCACAUGUGCCACAGACACAGAGAACAUCCGCUUUGUGUUCGCAGCUGUCAAAGACACAAUUCUACAGCUAAACCUAAGGGAGUUCAACUUGGUCUAACAGCUGCUGCCCACUCUCCCCCAUGAAAGAAGAUAACGAUUUGCAAGCUCUUCCUGCUUUAUUUGCAAGUGCUUCUGAUGCCACUUGGGCCAGGGCCCAGGGUCGGGCACUUAAGGACAUUAUGGAGACACAGGACAGAGAUGGGCGAUGAAACUUGAAAGAUACUUGAGUUUACCAACCCUUUUUAUGUGUCUUUAAUUCUUGUCUAAUUAUUUUCUUGCCUUCUGGCUAUAAAAUUAGGUAUAGUUUUUUAAUUAGGUAUUUUGUAUAAUUUUAAAAGGUCACUGUGAUUUCUUUUUUUUUAAUUAGAUUUUGAAUGUGUUUAAUAAUAGCCAUUAAAAAAAUCACACAAAAGAGAGAGACUUGUUAAUUUAUAGAUCCUGCCUUCA